GAAAUAACAGCGAAUAUGUAUAUGUGUUAAACAAAAUAUCGCAGUAUCGUUAAUUAAAUGUGAAUCACUGAUACUGUUUCAAAACGGCCCAGGAAUUAAACAAUUGUUUUUUUUAUUGUUACUUCGAAACACUUUGAGUACAUUUCGUUGGGCGUAGCAGGCUAUAGGUCCCACCCAAAAAAGAAAAAACAAUGGCUGCCGAAAUAAAACCAGCUCAGCGGACCAACAAUGAUCGCUUCAACACAUCCAAAAAGCCGGAAUUGCUGAGUAAGCUGGAGGGCAGUAGCGACGAUGUGAACGCCGCUAUCCUAAUACCCGGCGAAAACGGCGUAAUUAGUGUUUCCGAUGACAAAACUGUGCGCGUUUGGCUGAAACGCGACUCAGGCCAGUACUGGCCGAGCAUUUGCCAGUAUAUGCCUUCGGGGUGCACUGCCAUCGAGUACGUCCCGGAGUCGCGUCACCUGUAUAUUGGCCAGGAGAACGGCACAGUGACCCAGUAUACGCUCUCUGAAGACUGCAAUCGACUGUCGUUUUUACGGGAUUACUUGUCCCAUCAGGCCCGAGUCGUGGCCGUGGUCUUCUCCAGAACCCACAAGUGGAUAUUAUCAGCGGGCAAAGAUAAGCAGUUUGCCUACCAUUGUACUGAAACCGGAAAACGGGUGGGCGGAUACAACUUUGAGACAGCAUGCACAUCGCUCCAGUUUGAUGCACUAGCUAAAUAUGCCUUUAUUGGCGAUCAUGCGGGUCAAAUAACUAUGCUGCGUUGCGAGGUCCAAGGAGUGCAACUGAUUACGACUUUUAAGGGACACACAGCGGAAAUCCGAUGCUUGAGAUGGGUUGAAGGCCCUCAGUUGCUGUUUAGUGGUGCUUGCGAUCAGUCUGUCAUAGUUUGGGAUGUGGGCGGCAAGCGUGGCACCAUUUACGAGCUGCAGGGACAUAGCAACAAGGUUUCUGCUCUGGCGUACGCCAACCAAACCCAACAGCUGAUAAGCUGCGGCGAGGAUUCGGUCGUCGUUUUUUGGGAAAUGAAUGCCAUGCGAAAAGAAGUUCCUGAGUGGGUGGAAUCCAACAACUGUCAGCUUUGCUCUAGGCCCUUCUUCUGGAACUUCCGCUCCAUGAUGGACCAGAAGCAGCUAGGAAUACGCCAACAUCAUUGUCGUCAUUGCGGCAAAGCCGUCUGUGACAACUGCUCGACCAAUCGUAUUAACAUACCCAUCAUGGGCUUUGAGUUUGACGUCCGUUGCUGUGAUCCGUGCUACAAACAACUACAGACCGUCGAGCGUCCCUCGCUAGCGUCGUUUAACGAUGCCAAGCACUCCAUUGUAUACAUGGAUCUCGACGAGGACCGCAAGCGACUGCUGACGGUGGGCCAGGAUAGGCUCAUCAAGAUCUGGGAUCUUUCCAACAUUUGGGCAUAAUACACGCAUUAAAUCCAAGUCGACGUACCAAAGGUAUAAUCAUCCAAGAUGCGGAGCAGAGGGUGUGGAAUAGCCCCAGGACAGGUUCUCACGAAUACAUAUAUUUAAUGUAAAGCAAUAUUCAUUGUAUGUAUGUACGUAAAUGCUUGCAUUAAACACUGAAAUACAGAAAUCCA